CCGGAAGUCGUACUUUUCCUUGCCGGCCGAGAGCGUUUGCGUCCGUCUCGUUUUCCCAGCGGGCCAGCAUGGGGAGGCCACGCCGCAGAAUCCCGCCGGCUUUGCGGGCCCCGGCCGAGCGCGAAGAGAAGAUGGAGGAGCCCGAGGCGGGGGAGCCGCGCGUGACGGAGGAGGCGGACGACUUCCACGAGCGGCGGCUGGAGGAGGCGGUGCUGGCGGCGCUGGGCAGGGAGGACGAGGAGGAAGAAGAGGUGGAGGAAGAAGAGGAGGAGGUGCUGGGCCUGCACCUGUCCGAGAAUAGCGAGUCUGAGGAAGAUGGGGAUGAUAGGCCUGGUGAGGAGGAGGAGGAGUACGAUGAGCCUCUGGACAUGGACAGCGACCUGGAAGAGCAGCGGGGCGAAGGCCAAUGGGGCUCAGGCCUCCCCAGCGAGCUGGCUUGGGGUCAGAGGAAGAAGCUCUACUAUGGCACGGACUACGAGGGGGCAGCCCGCCGUCCCAAAGCCCCCAAGAAGACUAAGGAAGAGGUGGAAGCAGAGGAGCUGGAAGAAGAGGCGGAAGCCCAGGCCAUUCAGAGGAGGAUGGCGGAGAACUUGGCCGAGGAAGACUACGGCUUGGAUCUCCUUCAGGCUUACACCAGGACAGCGGAGCCACCAAGCAGAAAAGAAUCUGGGCAGAAAAUCGCCAAGGAUUUGGCGUCUCUUUCUAGAAAAGAGCAGCUGAAAUUGCUGAGGAAGGAAUCUCCCGAACUGCUGGAACUGAUUCAGGACUUCGAAGCCAAAGUAGUGGAGCUCAGAGAUGAACUGGAGCCCCUCAUGCAAAUGAUGGGUGACGGAGUCAUCCCAGCGGGAAAAGGGAGCCAGUAUUUGCAAACCAAGUACCACCUCUAUCUGAACUACUGCUGCAACAUCAGUUUUUACUUGGUGCUGAAAGCCAAAAGGAUUCCAAUCCAUGGCCAUCCUGUCAUCGAAAGGCUUGUCACUUACAGGAACCUGAUCAAUGACUUAGCGGUGGUGGACCAAAAACUGUUGCCAGAGGUUCGUCUGCUCCUUAAGGAAUUCCGCAGUAACGAGACCGAUGGGGUGGAAAGUAGGAAGAAGCUCCUGCCGUUGGUUAGGAAAACGGUUCAUAAAAGGAAAACGAAAUCUCCAAACUUUACUAAUAAUGAGGCUGAAGACGAGCUUGCGGAUGACUCUGAUUUUGAUGAGCAAGCUGCAUUGGAUUUUUACAAGGAGAUGGAAGAAAAGAUCAUGCUUAAGAAGAAGAGGAAACGAGAAGAAAAAGAAGGCACAAGUCAUCCCGUCGUUGAAGAGGUGGAAUCGGACCAAAAGAGAGGAGCAACGUACCAGAUGUUGAAGAAUAAAGGCCUUACGCCUAGGAGAAAGAAGAUUGAUCGCAACCCAAGAGUCAAACAUCGUGAGAAAUUCAGAAAAGCCAAGAUCCGUAGAAGGGGACAAGUUCGUGAAUUCCGAAGAGAAACGCAAAAAUAUGCAGGCGAAUUGUCUGGCAUCCGUGCUGGAGUUAAGAAAAGUAUUAAGCUCAAGUGAUCCAUUGUCUUCCUUUUUUUCACCUCUCCCUCUUUAUUUGCAACUAAAGAUAGCGGAUGUGAACUUAAUAAAUGUAUCUUUUUGGGGAA